GUGAAGGCGUGGUAAGUGUGGCUCAAUACGAGGCGAGUGUGCGCGCUACAGUAGUACCGGAGGAUGAACAUGGACCGCGGCUCCACGGCGGCUCCCCUCCCUGGCAAAAGCAGCCGGGGAGAAAGCUGAACUGGAGGUGAUCAAUAUGCCGGGGAAGCUACACCUUAUUGCUACGUAAACCGGAUAAAGGGAAUGCAAAGAUGACCGAGGGCAGACUGUGCCAAGUGCAGCUGCUGGACGACAGGAAGCUAGAGCUGCUGGUUCAGCCUAAGCUGCUGUCGUACGAACUCCUUGACUUGGUUUCCUCCCACUUCAACCUCAAAGAGAAGGAAUUCUUUGGACUCGCAUUUUAUGAUGACAAUGGUCAACGUAAGUGGCUGCAGAUGGACCGCAGAGUCCUUGAACACGACUUUUCGAAGAAGUCCGGGGCCAUUGCCCUCAACUUCCUGGUCAGGUUUUAUGUAGAAAACAUAACACAGCUUAAGGACAUCAUAACGGUGGAGUUAUUCUUCCUGAAUGCAAAAUCUGCUGUCUACAAUGGGAUUAUAGAAGUGGAAAGUGAGAAUGUCUUCAAAUUAGCUGCCAAUGCUUUGCAGGAGGCGAAGGGAGACUACACAAGUGAUGAAAACACUAGAGGAGAGUUGAAGAAACUACCAACUCUUCCCACCAAAGUACUCAAGGAACACCCAUCACUUGCAUACUGUGAGGAUCGAGUAAUUGAACAUUACAAACAGCUGAAAGGAGUCUCCCGAGGACAGGCCAUUGUGCAGUAUUUGACGUUAGUGGAAUCCUUGCCCACGUAUGGCGUGCAUUAUUAUGAAGUAAAGGAUAAACAAGGGAUCCCAUGGUGGCUUGGAAUCAGCUAUAAGGGCAUCGGCCAGUAUGACCUGCAGGAUAAAUUAAAACCUCGAAAGCUUUAUCAGUGGAAGCAGCUGGAAAACUUGUACUUCCGAGAGAAGAAAUUUGCUGUAGAAGUUAAUGAUCCACACAGGAGAGCAGUAACCAAGCGGACCUUUGGGCAGACGGGCCUACUCAUCCACACAUGGUAUGCCAGCCAUUCUCUGAUCAAAACCAUUUGGGUUAUGGCUAUUAGCCAGCACCAGUUCUACUUGGACAGAAAGCAAACCAAAACAAAAUUAGGAAUAGCAAGAAGUGUGGAGGAAAUUGCCAUGGAUCUCACAGAGCACGGAGGAGCAAAAAUACACAGACUGGGAGACGCAGGCCUGAAGAAUAACUUCAUAACUGCCAGCAAUGGCAGCCUGGUGUCUACAGGUUCAGCAGACUCUGAAAUGAGUGAAGAGCAGAAGAAAGAGAAACUCUCUGAACUGAGGAAAAAAGAGCAGGAGAUCCAAGAUAUUUUGGCCAAGAAAACAAAAGAAUUGAAGAAGAUUUGCCUGAGAGAGGCGGAGCUAACUGGCAAGCUGCCAAAAGAGUAUCCCCUCUCUUCAGGUGAAAGGCCGCCGCAUGUCAGACGGAGAGUUGGCACCGCUUUCAAGUUAGAUGACCUUUUCCCCUACAAUGAGGAUCCCUUCCUGAGGAACCUGGAGAGCAGAUUUGCCCUGCAGCGAAAGAUUGUGGAGGCGGCUAAGAAGCUCGCAAAUGAGCCAGAACUGUGCAAAACAGUGAAGAAGAAGAGGAGGAGAAACUGUUUGGAUGCCAUGCAAAAACUCCAGCAGAUAGAGGAUGAGAUGAACCAGUAUAGAAUCAAGAAAGGGAAAACGCCCACACAGCGGGCCUCAGUGAUCAUUGCAGAUGAACUCAUCCGUUCAGACUGUAGCUCGCUGUCUAGUCUCCCACUGGAUGAUGAUGACUCAGACGGUGUCAGUCAGAGGCCGCGGUCACGGUCGGUCCAAGGUUCCCCUCAGCUCAGUCCGAUGAGAUCGCUGGGAGCAGAAUAUGAUGUGGAAAGACGAAAGGGAUCUCCGAGGGAAAAUCACCAAAACAAGAACCACAGCAGAUUAGCUUUUGAAGGCCAGGAUGCUUCCCACUACUACACGAAUGCAAGAGAGGUGUCCUCCACCCACAGUAGUCCCUAUAAAACCCUUCCCAGACCUAGAGAUCCACGCAGCAUGCCUCCCAUCCCGGUUAUGACCCGCAAUGCCUACAGCAGCAGCCAGCUCAGGUUGGAGGGGUCUCCUCAUAGCUUCAGGCAUCGCAGCGGGAGUCUGGAGUCCCAGCCCCAGCUAAGAAAAGACACAGACUCCGAGAAGCCUGUCUUUAUGCUGUCACCAGCCCACCGCAGCAACAGCACAGAGGUGUUAGAGGAUUGCUCGUCCUACACCAGCCAGUCCAGUCUGGACUACUGCGGGGCGGCCAACUCCCACUACAGUACACUGGACUCCCGAACCUCAACCAUGCAUCGUCUCCACAGGAAGGUGGAAGUGUAUGGAAAUACUGGGAGUAUGCCCAACUUGGUCCAGCACCAUUCUGGUUGUAGUUAUUCAUGUGAGACCUCACCACACUAUGCACCCAGUGCCUACUACGUCGCCGGCUACCCCUGCCCGGACAUGGAGCCUUACUCCAACGGUGCCUACGUGUAUGAGAAUGAAGUAGAAGGCCACUACAACGUCAACCCUUCCUACCAAAUAAAUGGGUAUCAUGGACAUGACAGAUUCAGGAAUUACAGCAGUGACCGGGCAGAUAGUCUUUCCCAGAAUCCCUACGCAACAGUGAGGCCGCCGCGGAACAGAGAGGGGCCCAGGAAUGAGCUGUUGGCCAAGAACAUGCAGAAGGCCCUGGUGGCGGAGCAUCUAAAAGGCUGGUACCACCGAAGCAGGGGCCCCAGGGAGGGAGGGAGGGGGAUGCUGGCUGGAUAUGACUUCGACAGCGGCUCUCAGCUCAGCCUGGGCUACCAGACCAUGCCAGCAGCCUUCAGCCACUCCAGCAGAACCACUUCCUUUUCAUCAGUGUCCUCAGUGGAAAGCACGGGUAACUGGCGCAACCAGCUGGCAGUUGGCCUGACCGAGUACGAUUCACCCGACACGCCUCAGUACCCACACCCUGGGGCGCUUGCUUCUCCAUACAACCGCAGUCCCUCACACAGCAGAUUUUACCUGGAUGGAAGCUACAUGAGCAUCCGCUGAAAAGGACCAAACCAAAACAUUGGCACAAACAAAGCCAUGGCCAGCAGCACAUGACUGGGGUGAAGUUAAAACACACAUAGGCUGUACACAAACAUUUGUUGCUGCCAUAACCCUGUCUUGGGAGAUAUUCUGUCUGUUAGUUUUUUUUUUUUGGCAAAGUCUAUGUGUACGCUGUCCUCAUGUUAAAGUAACCUCUGAACACAGUGAUGACACUCUUGAAUGACUUUCCCAUGUGCCUUGGAUUGGAAGAAUUGUACAGGCAGAUGAGAAUGUGUCAAGGAACUUUAAGAUGUUGCACAACCACACUGGAUUCAAACCCUAUUGUGUUUUAAAGAUGAAAAAAGAGGCAAAAGGAGGUGUUUUUACUGAAAUCCAACUCUGUGUAUUUUAGCAGGAACUAGCUACUGCCUUAUACAAAACAGUAGGUUAUAGAAUAAAAAUGUUUUUCACCACUUUCAUCCCAGUAAAUAUAUAACAUCCAAAUUGAAAACAAAGCUUGAACAUGUUCACAAUGUGAAAGUACAAGAACUGAACCGAUCAAUCAUUAGAGCAGACUGUGUAUUCGAUGACUAUCCAUUUCUUCCUUUGGUUAAACUUUUAAUCAGAAUAUGUUCUGUCAAUAUUGUUUAUAGAACCAUUUGUAUUUGUCGGUGGCGUAAUGUGUUUUAAAUUGCAUGGUAAGAAUAUAAUUUUUUUUUGAUAACUUCUUUUUAUAUUAACAGAAGACCACUGCCGUAAAAAACACAUAUUCAAGUCUCAUUGUUUGUUUUCUCACACAUCUGUACAGUGAUGUGACGUUAUAUGUUGUUUGAUGUUGUCAUAAAAUAUUUUCCACUGGGAACCAGGAUGUGAAUAAAUACAUGUGUGACACAUAGA